AUGGACCCUGAGUCUAUUAGCAAGACGGCAUUCCGGGUUCCAUUCGGUUUAUUUGAGUACACACGUAUGCCGUUUGGAUUGGUAAAUGCACCCGGGACCUUCCAGAGAGUCAUGGAAAUGUGUUUAGGAGAUAUGAACCUCUCAGAAUUGUUGAUCUACUUGGAUGAUAUCUUAGUAUUUUCCCCUACAGUUGAAGAUCAUGUCGAAAGAUUGGACAAGGUUUUUGGGAGGUUGGCCGACUUUGGACUGAAGAUUAAGGGCGAAAAGUGUAAGUUGUUCCGCAUUGAAGUUUCCUAUCUGGGACAUGUGGUUGGAUCCAAGGGCGUUUCUGUGGAUGAUGACAAAAUCAAGAGAAUCCAAGAGUGGCCGGUACCUCAGACAGCGGCUCAGCUACGGUCUUUCCUUGUUCUGGCGGGGUACUACCGUCGUUUUGUUCGUGACUUCUCAAAGAUCGCGGCCCCACUACAUGCAAGGGUCCCCUCAUUGGUAAAAGGUAGUAAUAAAUUCAUGGCUCAUAAUUUCAUCUGGAGUUCAGAAGCACAGACUGCUUUUGAUACUCUUAAGGAGGCAUUGACGCAGUCACCUGUGUUGAGUUAUCCCGACUUUACGCGUCCGUUUGUGUUAGAAGUAGAUGCCUCUCUGCAAGGGCUUGGGGCCUGUUUGUGCCAAGAUGAUGAAGAUGGCAAGAGACACCCAGUGGCUUAUGCUAGCCCAAAGUUAGGCGCAUGCGAAAUGCGCUGGGUUGCGCAGCUAGCAGCUUUCACAUUCGAGGUAAAGUUCAGGUCGGGCGUGAGUAACCGUUGUGCAGAUGCCCUUAGCCGUUACCCUGGUCAUUUCUCCCCCGAGGAGACCGAAGAGCUGGCAGUUACGGUUGCAAGGGCCUUACGAGAUCACUGGUUCACUAAAUUUGGCAUUCCACAUCGGUUGCAUAGUGAUCAGGGGCGUAACUUUGAAGGAGAAGUGGUCAGAGAACUAUGCGCGCUGUAUGGUGUAAAGAAAACUAGAACUACACCGUAUCAUCCGGAAGGCAACGCUCAGGCCAAGCGAUUCAACCGUACCAUGUUUGGGCUAAUCAGAUCAAUAGACGAGCCUGAGCGGCGGAAGUGGCCAGCUAUGCUUCCUCACCUUGUAUUCGUUUACAACACAACCCCACAUUGUACAACAGGUAUAGCACCUUACACUCUGAUGUUUGGGCGAGAGCCCGCCAUUCCCUUAGAUCAGAUGCUAGGUCGGUCCAACAGUAGCUGGGGUCAAGACUUUGUUAAUGAACAGUCCAAAUUGUUGGGCAGGGCUUGGGAUCUUGUUCGAGACCGGGUAGUCAAGAGAUCUAACCAGAAUAAGAUGGCAUAUGACUCUAAAGCUAAUGUAAAGCCCAUUAGUAUUGGCGCGCAGGUUUUGAAAAGAAGAUGUGCCUUCAGUGGCCGCCACAAGCUGCAAGAUAAGUACGAGCAUGACCCCUAUGUGGUGACUUGGGUAAAUGAACACAGGGAUGUGUAUAAAAUCCGUCCAAUAACAGGGGGACCAGAGGUGCCUAUCAAUAGGAAAUAUUUGCGCAUAGAUCCCACGACCGAGAGUGAUCCCGACUCUGAUAAACAUAGCGACGAAUCAGAUGACGAUUCGGAUUGGGAGUUUGCCCCUGAACCCAUAGAAAACCUUGGAGGGGUUGGCAAUGAAGAAGUAGGGGAGCCACGUUGUGGCUCUGAUGAGCCAUUGCCCAUGCAUUUUGGGAUUGGCUGGCGUGUGUUUCCGGAGGGCUCGGUGGAUCUGCAGGUGGACCUCGUCAGCGAUGGACUUGUAAAGAUGACAGAGGCUGAGCUUGGUGCACUGGAUGAUCUCUUUGACUGCGAUGAUUUGAGGAAUGGGGCAAAGUUAACCUAA